GCGGAUCUGUUGCAGAGGAAGAAAGCUGAGAAGUUCGGGGGCGUGAACCUAGGGGACGACGAGGCUGAUGGGUCUUAUAUGGGGAAGAGCAAGGCUCAUGGUAGCACUAAUGAGGGAAGCAGUGGUGAUGGCGGCUCUGUUGGACAUGUGGAUACCAAGGGUCACAAUGGAGGCCAUGCAGGUACUGAGACGCAAGGCAAGAACAAGGCUCGCGGUCACGGUCACGAUGUCGCCAAUGAUGCGGAACAACUGCAAAGGAAGAAGGCUGAAAAGUUUGGGGGCGUUAACCUAAGUCAAGAUGGGGCUGAUAUGUCUUCUGGACUGAAGAACAGUACUCGUGGUAGUACUGAUGGGGGUCCUGUAGGACAUGCACAUGGUACCAAGGGUCAGAACGAAGAGUCUGGUGCCUACAGCCGAGGCCAUGCGGACAUUGAGACGUACAGCAAGGGCAAUGGACAUGCAUCAGAGGGUAAGAAAAAUGACCACGGCCUUGAUCUUGCCAACGAUGCGGACCUGUUGCAGAGGAAGAAAGCAGAGAAGUUCGGGGGCGUUAAUCUCGGCGAUGAUUAGGCGUAUUCAUUGUCUUCUUUUCCUAAGGUAACUUGUUUAUUCUACAUAGCUGCCCGAUAUUAUGUAUGUGUGCCUAGUCG